AGUAAUAGAUGCUCUAAAAUCCAAUCCAUACAAAGUACGCCAACCUUUGCGCAGUCUAUCUCUCUCUCUCUUUUCAUUCAAACAAAAUUAUCUACAGCCACCAUCACCUCUUUCUUUUCUUCCAACUUCACACCCUCAACUAAACUCUCACCCCCCAAUUAUUCUCCACACCCCACCUCCAAUAAUGUCCUCACCAGAGAAUCUCCCUCUAGAAACCGCUCAAAAAAUCAUCCUCCGAUGGGACUCAACCGCCUCCGAAGAAGCUCGUGAAAAAAUGAUCUUCGAUCAAACCACCACAAACCGUGACGAAAUCGAUCUUUACCUCCAAGCCGUCGAUGAAAUCCAACGCUCCAUAUCCUCCACCUCCCUCUCCGAUAACCACCCUUCAAAACCCUCCUCCACCAUCCAGAUCGCCAUGGCUCGCUUAGAAGACGAGUUUCGUAACAUCCUUAUCUCACACACCAACAACCAAAUUGAUCCUUCUCUUGAAGAUGAUACUUACUUAUCUUCUUCGUCUUCUAAACUACAAGACGAAGAAGAUAACAGCUACGACGACGAUGGGGUUGACGUUGAUGACAAACUUCAUCGUUUUGAUAGUAAUUGUUCCGUUGCUACUACUGUUACUACUGCUUCCACUUACCGUUCAGCUAGUAGUAUACGUGAGAUAGAUCUGAUACCUUCUGAAGCAGUCACCGAUCUUCGGUGUAUUGCUGAUAGAAUGAUAUCAUCUGGAUAUCUUCGCGAAUGUAUUCAAGUUUACGGCAGUGUGAGGAAAUCAGCUGUUGAUUCGAGUUUUAAGAAACUCGGUGUUGAGAAGUUGAGUAUUGGUGAUGUUCAGAGAUUGGAUUGGGAGCAGCUUGAGACGAAGAUAAGACGAUGGAUAAGAGCUGCUAAGGUUUGUGUUAGGACGCUUUUCGCCAGUGAGAAGAGGCUAUGUGAGCAAAUCUUUGAUGGGAUUGGGACUUGUAUUGAUGAUGCUUGUUUUAUGGAGACUGUUAAAGGGCCUGCCAUUCAGCUUUUUAAUUUUGCUGAAGCGAUUAGUAUUAGUCGUAGGUCGCCUGAGAAAUUGUUUAAGAUUCUUGAUCUUCAUGAUGCUUUGAUGGAUUUGAUUCCUGAUAUUGAUGUUGUUUUUGAUUCUAAGUCGUCUGAAUCCAUUAGGGUUCAGGCGGCUGAGAUUUUGUCACGUUUGGCUGAGGCUGCUAGAGGGAUUUUAUCUGAAUUUGAAAAUGCUGUUCUUAAGGAGCCUUCUAAGGUUCCUGUUCCUGGUGGGACAAUUCAUCCUUUGACUAGGUAUGUGAUGAAUUACAUAAGCUUGAUCUCUGAUUAUAAGCAGACUUUGUAUGAGCUUAUAGUUUCUAGGCCUUCGACGGGUUCUAGGUAUUCGGGGGAUCCUUCGACUCCUGAUAUGGAAUUUGAUGAACUCGAAGGGAAACCACCUUUGGCUAUUCAUUUGAUUUGGAUUAUUGUUAUAUUGCAAUUCAAUUUAGAUGGCAAGUCAAAGCAUUAUAAAGAUGCUUCUUUGUUGCAUUUGUUUAUAAUGAACAAUGUGCACUAUAUUGUUCAAAAGGUUAGAGGGUCGCCCGAAUUGAGGGAAAUGAUCGGCGAUGAUUAUUUGAAGAAGUUGACCGGGAAAUUUCGACAGGCAGCUACUAGCUAUCAGAGAGCAACUUGGGUUAGGGUCUUGUAUUGUUUGAGAGAUGAAGGGUUGCAUUCAAGUGGUGGAUUUUCUUCUGGUGUGUCGAAGAGUGCUUUGAGGGAAAGGUUUAAAGCUUUUAAUGCUAUGUUUGAAGAGGUACAUAGAACUCAAGCAGUUUGGUUGAUACCGGAUUCGCAACUUAGGGAGGAGCUUCGGAUAUCUAUAUCGGAGAAGCUGAUUCCUGCGUAUAGAUCAUUCCUUGGUCGGUUCAGGAGCCAUAUAGAGAGUGGAAGGCAUCCAGAGAAUUACAUUAAGUAUUCUGUUGAAGAUCUCGAGGAUGCUGUUUUGGAUUUUUUUGAAGGGAUUCCUGUUUCGCAGCACACGAGAAGGAGAUCUCAGUGAUGAUGGAGAUGGAGUGAAAGUUUUUUGAAACUUAGAAGCUAGGACAAAAAAUUCUUUUAAUUUUUUUCACUGGAGUGUUCAGGUGAUUUGAGUGCUGCUGCCGGUGAAUCCGAGGUUUCUAUGACAAGCUCUCUAUCUCGAGUGCUUCCAUAAUUUAUUACCAUCCAGGGUUCUCGGGAAUCAGGAAGAAGAUUGUAAUAUUGUGCAGAUUGGUAUGGCUAUGAAAAGCCAAAGUAGCUCUCAGCCUGAAUGCUGCUUCAUGUAAGCAUGUUAUUUGAUUUCAUACCACAUUCUAGAUUUUGUUUCUUCAUUUUGUUUAUAUUGGAAUUGUUGUUGUACGUGUGGUUUUGUUUAUUAUUACUCUUAAGGUGACUCCAAAAGCUGUUGUAGCUUCAAAAGGACUUCUAUACUUUUGGCACUUAUAGAUAGAUGUAUGUUGAAGUUGAAAUCUUAGAUAUCUUUCAUCUUCCAUUGUUGUGACUUUUUCAGUUAUCUGUUACACAGCCUUAUAGCUCUUGCCUCUUGUUGAGUGCUAUUUGAUUCAAACUACUAUGGCAGGCUUCAUUCUUUGAUUGUUUGUAAUUAGAUCAUUGGUGAUUCAUUAUUUGUACUGA